AUGGGCCGCUUUCCCCCCGUCGCCGCCGCCGUUGUCGCCGCCGCCGCCGCCGCCGCCAUCGCCCUCCCAAACGGCGGCCUCUUCAAUUCCACAUCCGCCUGCCCUCGCCGGACCGCGGCGCCAGAGACCCGCGAGCCAUCCGCCGCAUUGUCCGGGACGCAGGAAGCCAGCGUCUCCCCCCGUCCGGAGCAGCAGCAGCAGCAGGUUGCCGAGCCGCCGCCGCCGCCGCCGCCGUCACAGCGCAUCGAGAACCUCCGUCACCGCCGUCGCGACAUCUCGGACUGCUGCGGGCACGACGUCGACGCCGACGCCGACCACGAGCGCGAGCAAUCGCCGCCGCCCCAGUAUCCCGCCUCCGAGGCGUCUUCUUCCUCCCGGCCCCCGCCCUUUUCGUCGCUCUUUGCCCCCCUUCACGACGCUGCUGCCGCCGCCGCCUCUUCUUCCGCCGCAGCAAAGUUCGCCGCGACCGCGACCGCAGAAGCCAGUGCGUCCGCCCCGGCCUACAGCUACGCUGCCCCCUGCCCCGAGUCCGAGCCCUUCGACCCGGACCAGGCCGCCGCGAGAGCCUUCUGCGACCCCGUCGCCGAGACCAAGAGCGUCCUCCCGCGGGACACAAAGGGAGAGUCCAGUCGCAAGGACGACGACGCAGAGCCGCCGCCGGCGUAUUCGGAGGGCGAUAGUCCUCUCCACUCGUUUUCGUUCGUCAUGUCUGCCGCCGGAGGAGCUGCGAGUAUCAUUACUCAGGUGCAGCAGGGCGGGCCGCCCAUCAAUGCCAUUGGAGAUGUCGGUGCCGAUGAGACCAUUGCAAUGGACCUGAGGGGAACCAGGUUUGUCCUCUCGAGGGACGAGCUACUGACGCUGCCCGAGUUCGUGCUGCUCUCGCUGUUCCCGAAUGGGCUCUUCCCGGAAGGACAUAUGAACGGCUUCUCCGAGAAUGACGCUGUUCAGGUCGACUACGACCCGGCGUCGCUGCAGUACAUGCUCGACUUCUUUCGCAACGUCGCCCAGUCCAUUCCCUCCGAGUCGUCGCCUAGCACGUCGCAGGACGGCGAUGCAAUGGAUUCGUUGGGGUCCCGGGACGACUCCGCCAAACGCGCAGGCAUCAUCGUGUUGCGCGAGGACCUCGAUUUCUAUGCGAUUCCGCCAAGCGCUGACAUCAGCCAGCCUGGCAUGAUUGAAGUGAAGCGGGCAGCCGCCAAGGCCCUGCAGCAGCAAGACGGAAUCUUUUCGGGCCUGAAGCGCAGCGACGAGCCUGGCACCACAGAAGCGCAUCUUAUUGAGAUGCUGACGGCUGGAGGUUUCAACCACGACGACAGAUGGGGUCACCGCGCUGGUGAGCCCAACAAGGCUGUCAUUUGCAGCCUGGCGCUCGCGCGCCUGCGAAGCGACAUUCGCGGCAACGACAUGGGCACCAGCGCCGUCGGCAUGGCCCAGAAGCUGCUGCUCUUCUGGCGGAAGCCCGCCCGUCGGUGCUGGUGGGAGGGCAUUGAGCUGGACAACGUCGACGGCGUCGACGGCAAGCUCAAGGUCUGGAUCCGGCGGGUGUGGACGCUCGAGAUGAGCGUCAUCGGGCUGCGAUAG